CAUCACAAGAGCUCUGUAGUAUAUAUAAUACAAUUCUGAACUUACUCAUCCACCUUAAUGGCAAAUAUGGACUUGGGCUUCAGCAUCUUCUCGCGGGAACCUUCCUUCGGCUUCAUUAUUCUUCUCGUGGGGUUGGCGGCCAUUGGUUGUGGUGUGGCUUUGGCAUUUUUGCCCGUGGAUAUCUCGCUUGACGACGCACCUAUGGCAAAGCGGCGCAUCCGUCGGUCAUUCAGUCAAGGACUACCUGCGAUUUAAGCUCUAUGAAGCAAUCGGUGAUUACUAGUCUUGUUUACUCCAACGGGAGCAGGAGCAACACGUCUAUCUUUCACCCUCAGCUCACUCUUGAAUGUUGUUGUUAAAUGAAUAGCCUAAAAAUCCUACAUCAUGAACAGUAGAUUUGGUACGGCCUCGGCGGUAAAUAUUAAUGUUUCACGCAGAUGGAAU